AUGGCGGACGGAAAGAUAUCGCAUCUACGGCCAGUACAUACUGUCAAUCACGCUCAAGGUUACUGGCGCCAUACGCAAGGGACGCCCAUGUUGUUUCUGGACCUAAAACGAUCAGCAGAAACUUUAAAUUAUAACCUUGAGUUGUAUAUUGCUUCUAUCGAUUUACCUCACAGGCUGGUGGCUAAUAAUCUUCAGCCUUUAAUCUUGAUUCACUUGCAAUCUGAUCUAUUUCUAUUGAUUGAAGAAGUAAAGUAUUGGGGCAUAUGUAUGUACUGUAUAAUCGAAACGCAAAGCGGGUGGCUGGAGAAGCAAACCAUAGAAUAA